GUUUACAAUUUUGACAUUUUGGAGGGAAAUUCGCAACUGCACGUGUGUCAGCAUGUUGAUGAAGACAAAUAUGUCUAUGGUUUAGUGUGAAGUUGACAAAGUGAAAAGGAUGCAUUCGACACACAUUACAAGUAAACACGUAUCUUCUAAAUGAACGUAACAUGUUAUUGAGAUAUUCGAAUCCACAACACCGGCCUGCAGUGCUGACUCAAGCGAUCAUAUAACUUAUAAGCUUAUAUGAUUAUUAUGACAUGAAACAAACCAGCUGUGAUAGUUAACAAGAGCAUGAUGCAGACACAGAGAGAACUGAGUAGUUUCCCGAUAGCUCCUGUCCACAAGACAAAACUGGCUGCAGCAGGAUUUAUCAUUGUCGAGGACUUGAAAGGCAUGAAGCCAUCAGAACUUAGCAAAGAAACUGGAAUUGGUAUGGAAGAAUCACUGGACAUUUUAAAGCUGGUGCUAGGAACAGAUGGGAAGGGAGACAACUCAGGUCAUGUGGACAAAUCAGCACUAGACAUUCUGAAGCAGGAGCAGUCCCUUCCCCAUAUUGUCACGUUCUCAGAACAGCUAGACAACAUGCUGGGGGGUGGGGUCCCCCUCUGUAAAAUCACUGAAUUCUGUGGUGCCCCAGGCACAGGCAAAACUCAAAUAUGUAUGCAGUUGGCUGUGGAUGCCCAGAUCCCCGAGUGUCUGGGAGGCCUAGAGGCGGAGGUCAUUUAUAUCGACACUGAGGGCAGCUUCAUUGUUGAGCGUCUGGUUGAUAUCGUCACUGCUACUGUGGAACACUGUAAAGAAAUUGCUGGAGGGGACCAAGAUUCUGGGGAGCUAGGAGACUUCACCCCGGAGAGAGUGUUGUCCCGGAUGCAUUACUACCGUUGUCAUGACUACAUAGAACUGCUGGCUACGAUUCACCUCUUACCUGACUUUAUCAAGCAACAUUCUAAAGUUCGUCUCGUGAUUGUAGAUAGUGUCGCCUUCCAUUUCCGCCACGACUUUGACGAUAUGUCCCUGAGGACACGCCUUCUUACCUCUACAGCUCAGAACCUCAUCAAGCUGGCAACCACUUUUGAACUUGCGGUUGUGCUGACCAAUCAGAUGACCACAAAGGUUCGAGCGGGUGAAUCGUCACAGCUUGUACCAGCCUUGGGGGAGAGUUGGGGUCACGCCAGUACUAUCAGAGUCAUUCUGUACUGGGAAGGACAGGAGCGAUAUGCCUGGCUGUACAAGUCACCGUCACACAGAGAAGCUAGGGUCCCGUACCAAGUCACGAUGGGAGGAAUCCGUGAUGUUGUCACAGAAGAUGAAAGUCACAAUGAUGAUACAGUUGAUACAGAUAAAAACCCAACGAAACGGCAAAGGGUAACAUGACAACAAGUUUAGUUCCUGUUCCUCCCAGUUGUCACGAGUAGGACCAAGGUAUAUGCUGUAUGACAAUCAGGAAGCAUGCUUUGGAAUAAAGCAGGCAACAAAUGAAAUUGCCUCACAGAGCAAUAGAACUGUAGUUGUUGCUACAGACGAAACUGUUUUCACAUCAGUGAGAUAACAUACCUUUGAUGAGGUGAUUUCUCACAAUAUUGUGCUCAACACUCGCGAGAAUUUAUGGAUGUAUGCUGCCUUAGUGACAAAAGAGUUCCACUCGUAAAUAAACCUUUAACCUAUUCACCCCUGAAGUCACAUUUGAACUGUUCCUAUUCAAAGGUUGGUAUAGUUCAUUAUGAUGGGGGUGAAUGAGUUAAAGGUAUCGUUUACAACUGGUAGUUUGGACUUUGUUGACUUGGUGACGUCAUUUAUCAAAAAACGUUCGUUGAAUAAAGGUCAUUUUAUGUGUUAAUUAAGAAUGCUUAAUUAUAUAGAAAAAAUGUGUUUGGGAACUAUUCUAGAGGGGGAGGAGCAGCAGGGAGGUAAUUGUAUUGUCCCCAGCACCAUAAUAUUAUUUUUUGCUAAGAUCUACUAUACAAAUUUAAUUUAUCAGUAUUUGUAAUGCGUGCCUCCCUUAGCACAUUGACAAUGAUAGUUACCGACAAGUGAGACAAACAAGAACUGAUUAGGGCUGUUCCAGAAUUAACCAUAGGGGAGGGUUGGAAGGCACUUUUUCAGAGACCCCACCACCCAUAAAAUCUUAAAAUUAAUUUAUUAUAAGAAAUGGUAAACCAGAUCUGAUUUUAACACCACCACCCAUAAGUUAAUAAUACAGGUGCCUCCCACCUCCCCAAUACAAUAAAUGAUGGAACAGCCCUUAGUGAAAAGAAGACAGGAUUAUGCUUUAAUAUAGGGAAUUCAUGUGGGGUUUUAACUAUAUAAAGAACACAGUAGAUGUUGUACAAGUAGAUCAAAAUUGUUAUAUCAUGACAUUAUUGUAUAAUAUAAAUAAUGAUAUUAACUGUAAAACUGAAUAUCUGAAAAUGUUUGCUGCUGAAUAUCUGAAAAUGUUUGCUGCUGAAUAUCUGAAAAUGUUUGCUGCUUAAGUGGGUUUUUUUGCCUUUUGGUGUAAUGCAAAUGAAGAUGUGAUUACAGUGAACAUAAAUUUACACUAUAUAUACAUAAAUAGCAUUUAAAUGUAAAGGGCAAUUUAAUCAGCAAAUGGCAGGACAUUGACCAGGCAAAAAUCUCCUAGUAUUUUUCCCCAUCAAAAUGUGGUCCAUGGGCAUUCCAUUACAUAUUUAGGCCUACUGUUAAUCAUCUGUGUAUAAUAACAGUACUGUUACUUGCAUAGAAAAUAUGUAUUUUCAGCCUUGUUGAGUUUGCUCUCUCAUUAAAUAGUGAAUUUCCCAUGUUCUAGUAUGUCAUUAUAUUAUUACAGGAUUAGUGCUGUAUACCGGGAAAAUUCUGCAGAAUUUUUCGCUGUUUUUUUUUGCGCUCCGUAAAGAAGGCAAAUUUCUAUUUAGAGUAAAUAUUAGUAAACAACAUAAUAAGCAUAGGAAUCAAAACUGAAACUUAUUUUACCAGGCAUAGGGUGAGAAUUUGACUGAAGCGAAAAUUUUCCCGGUACACAGUAACGUAUUGUACUUUGACAAUUUUAAGUACACAGUAUGUUGUGUGUUACUUUGUUUUUUGAAGAGUACUGUUA